GCGCAGAGCGAGGCAGGGAGGCGGCGGGUGCCGGCGCUCCGCGGCUGCGCGGCGCGUGCUGGCGGCGGCUCGGUCCCGGCCCGCGCCCGCGGGGUCCCCGCUGCGGCCGGAGCGGCCUGGCUGCGGGAUCCGUGUGCAGCGAUGGCGGGGCAAGCCCUGCGGCGCCCGGCCUGGGUACCACUGCUCCUGCGGCUGAUGCUGGCGGGGAUCGCUGCCUGCGAUGCCAGCCCUGCGGAUGACAGCGCGGGCCCGGGGGGCCGGGGACCCCGGGGACGCGCGCGAGGGGACGCGGGCGCGGACGAGGCAGUGCAGCGCCACGACUCCUCCUACGGCACCUUCGCCAGCGAGUUCUACGACCUGCGCUACCUGUCAGAAGAGGGCUACCCUUUCCCCACUGCUCCUCCUGUGGACCCAUUUGCCAAAAUCAAAGUGGAAGACUGUGGAAGAACUAAGGGAUGCUUCAGAUAUGGAAAGCCAGGCUGUAACGCAGAAACGUGUGACUACUUCCUUAGCUACCGGAUGAUAGGCGCCGAUGUGGAGUUUGAGCUGAGUGCAGACACAGAUGGUUGGGUCGCGGUUGGAUUCUCUUCGGACAAAAAGAUGGGUGGUGAUGACGUCAUGGCCUGCGUCCAUGAUGACAAUGGCAGAGUCCGUAUACAGCACUUCUAUAACGUGGGCCAGUGGGCAAAGGAGGUGCAGAGAAAUCCUGCCCGAGAUGAAGAAGGAGUUUUCGAGAACAACCGUGUCACCUGCAGGUUUAAGCGUCCUGUGAAUGUUCCCAGGGAUGAAACGAUUGUGGACCUGCACUUGAGUUGGUACUAUCUGUUUGCUUGGGGUCCAGCCAUUCAGGGCUCCAUCACUCGUCACGACAUAGACUCUCCACCAGCUUCAGAGCGCGUUGUCAGCAUUUACAAGUACGAAGACAUUUUCAUGCCAUCGGCUGCCUACCAGACCUUCUCCUCGCCAUUUUGUCUGCUUCUCAUUGUUGCCCUGACCUUCUACCUGCUGAUGGGAACCCCUUAAUCGCCGCCGCAAGCCACAGACUAGAUGGAGUGAAGAACCUUCAGUAUAUAUUUUUCAAUAACCGCCUGUAUAAUUUUAGCUUCUCUGAUCUAAAAACAAGUCAUGAUUUCAACAUUUUUUUGGGGGGGAAAAAAGAGCAAGCUUCUCUCCUAGUCAGACAGGAUUGUCAAGGCAACCCUACUUUCAGGAAGCACUUAACACAUUUGCAAACACUUCCAAAUAUGUUCUCUGUUUGAGCUGUACAGUAUCUAUGCAUUGGCUUGGUAAAACUGUCAGGGCCAUCAUAGAAUGGGGUUUAAACCCAGACAAAGGAUGCCUAUUGUUGGCAUGUCUCACAGCCUUGGCUAACGUGAUCAGACAGCACACAGUAAGGCAGGGAAAUUAGACAUGGGACGUAUACCUCAGAACAGUCUUUCCUUUGAGUAGUACUGUACAAGGGGGUUACUUUGCAUGUGGCCAUGGAGAUCUUGACGGGAUGUCACAAUGUGUCAUCAGCCUCUUGAGAACAUUUCCAUGGAGCAUAAAUGCCUUUAGAUAGUCACGCGGUUGAUGGGGAGCCUAGGAGAGAUUCUAGUGAUAAGCAAGUGGUUUGUAUUUAUCUAAACCAUCUUCUCAAUUAGUGGGUAGUUAUGAGAAAACAAUCUUAUGUCACUGUUAGGAAGGAUUAAAAAUGUGGAUGUUCCUGAAGCUGUAGAAUUAUUUUUAAUGAUAAAAAUAGGAGAAUUCUUAGUAGUUCGAAUUUGCUCUCUUCUGCUACUGUAUUCUACCAAGUAAGGUGUUCCUGGGUGGCUGUAGCCAAUGAUGUUUUUCAAGUUAGCAUACAAUAAGUAUAAUAGAAUAUCCACCAUAACAGAUAAGUCAUCUUAAGGAAAACAAGGCAUUUUAAUCAUAUAUCAAUGUUUUUAAAGGCUGUAGACAUCGGGAGCAAAAAUGGGGCAGGGGGCCCUAAGGUAAAUUAAUCAAGAGUAUAUAUUUAAAAUGUUCAGUUCUAUGUUUCCUUUUGUCAAAAGAGCCAGAUACUCUUUUAGUCCAAAUACCUAUGCUAGCAGCCUGCCAAAUGGAGAGAGAAUAGCUGUGGGCACUUACACCUUGGGGUCAGUCCCAUUGUGGCAUUCCAGAAUUCUCUGAUUUGUUCCCAUUGCUUCCGAGCUGGCUCCAGCUUUCUAGGUGAGCAACAGCAGAUUUCUAAGGUCGUCUCCAAGAUUCAGGUCAGAGGUGAAGGUCUGCCUAUGGCAAAGUGUUCAGAUUCUUCUGAGCUGGAGCCAAAAUAAAGUAAAUAUUGCUACUUUGUGACACCUCCCACACUCAGUUUCAAAUUCAAGGUUCAAGUUGAAGGCCUUGCCUCACUACAAUUAUCUCUUCCCUGAGCCCUCUGAUCUUAUUCAAGCUUGGCUCGGACAUCAGCUUCUCAGCGUUAGGGGCUGGUUUAGAAGUGAGGGUUGGGAGUAGAUAGAGACAUCUGUGCUGUAAAUAAAAAGACCAAUAUUUUUAUAACCCUUAUGUGUACAAUAGUUGAUCUAUAGUUAGCAGAGCCAAUAGAGACAGACUUCAGUGACCAGUUAGGAGCAGAGCGACUGGUGUCUCCCUUCCACCAAUGUUUCAAAUCAAGUUUCACUGAGUCUUUCAACUUUGGUGACCAGUUUUGUAUAUUUUUUUGCCUGGAACUUUUGGAGUCAUCCUUGCCCUUACUGUAACAUGCAUGUGACCCUACUAAGCGUUAGUCUUCUCUGCUUCAGGACCUCUACUUGUCCCAGCAAAUCUGAGGGGCCUUGGGUUCUUCCAGCCUGCUCCCCUCUUUCAGCUGUGCUGUCUUCUGGCCUGUGGAUGAUGAUCUCAUUUGAAAGGCUCUAACUUCAUUAUCUCUUCCUAUGGUCCUCUGGACUAGGGUUAGGACUUAUUCAAGUGCUCCCGAAGCCCACUGGGCUUCCUCAGCACACACGUUAGGCUUUAGUGACAUCUCAGGCUUUGGCUGCUAAGCCCUCAUAUAGGAGCUAUUUCUCAAUGCUCACCCUUGUGACAGACACUACUUUUUAGUAAGUAUUCAGCAAACUGAUGGGCCAAGUUACAAACUGUCUCGAUGUUGUGAGUUUAUUGGAGCCAGAGGAAUCUCUUUUAUAUACUUUACCUGACGAGCCAAUGUUUUUAUGUCCCCCUCCUUGAGAUCAAACCCUGUCUUCCAAAACAUAAAUGACAGAAUCCUUAGUGACUUUGUUGGUUUUGCCUUUCCGUGGACAUCGGUUGGCAUUUUUGACAAUAAAUCAUUGUCCUGGAAUAAGAAUUUACGGACUAGGGAUGCAUUGCAACAGUUGACCAUUGUUGCUAGAGAACUAGCCACUGAAAGACCUGCUGGAGUUAAAGCCAGAUAAACUGGCUUUUUAUGUUAGGUUCAUUCUUACCUGAUGUAAGAGAAAGGACCUUUACCCCUCCACUCAUUCGCUCUCUCCUUCAGCUGGGCCUCACAGUCCUCCUCCUGCAGCAUCCUGACUCCUGGCUGCUGCUAUCUCAAGCACAUACCACAGAUCGGACACUGCGUUUUCCUUUCUAAUUUCAUGUUUGUCCUGAGGAAGACGCCUAUCAGUGCUUUUUGGUAAAAAUGCCCAAGUGAAGUAUAAGUGGCAGAUAAACGUACACUAGUUUAAUGCACGUAUUUUGCAAGAGGUAGCCUGGGCUAAGGGAGGUGACAUGACUUCCUCAACCUCAUGCAGAGUCUUUAAAACUUCCAUUAAAUAGAGCCUGCCAUGCAUACUUAAACCAACUGGGUGCCUUCACCUGCCUCCUGGCACUUCACAUGGAGUAGAGAACUUCUUACAGCUGUGUUUGAGGAAAGGAACACGGUUUUUUUUUUUUCUUUUUUUAUUUAAGGUUUAUUUAUUUAUUUUAUGUAUAUGAGUGCUCUACCUGCAUGUGCACCUGUGUGCCAGGAGAGGGCAUCAGAUCCCAUUACAGAUGGUUGUGAGCCACCAUGUGCUUGCUGGGGAUUGAACUCAGGACCUCUGGAAGAGUAGACCUUUUAACUGCUGAGCCAUUUCUCCAACCACCCCCGACCCCCACAUUUAACUUUGUAUCACUUAAUUUUCUGCUUAAAAUCAUUUUAGUACUCUUGUUUUCUUUCUUUCCUUCUCCCUCUUCUUCUCCCUCUCCCUUCCCCUCUCCCUCUCCCGCUUUCCCUCUUUCUUUUCAGCACUGGGGACAUACCCAAGGCAUUGUACACUGAGCUAUAACCCCAGUUCAUUUUAGGAUCAUUAAUGUUUUUCAAACUAAUGUGUACAUUGGACAUGAUUGGAAGAAUGCAUUAGUUAAUGCUUAAAUUUGAUUUUCCUACAGACUUGGUCUGUCUUACAACAUGGAACUCCAUAGAGUGGAACACUUCUUGUCCUACUAUAGUCAAACACACAUUCAGAGAACAUUCAGAAGCCAUGUUCAGUUACCUUGGGUUGGUUUUGUCUUUAAAGAAAUGAGAAUGUUUGACACCUGAGGAAUAGGUUUCCAUCCCAGCACAAUCAUACUUUCUUGCAAUUCACGUGUACUAUCUAUAUUCAGGAUUUUGUCCGACAUGACAUUAGCACUGAGGUUGAAUGCCAUUCUUAGUUCUAGCACAGGAUUUCUUACAAUUUUCUUCUAAGGGGUCAGGUUGUAAAUAUUUUAACUUUGAACUUGUGUUGCAGCUGCUCUACUCUGCCACAGACAGCUCAAAAACAAGCAAGCAUGGCUGUGCUUUAGUAAAACAACUGAAAUUCGAACUUCAUAUACUUGGCAGAUACCAAAAUGGUCUAUUAAGUCUCAAAAAGCUAUUGGAAAAUGAAAAAAAAAAACAUUUUUUAGUUUACAGGCUGAACAAAAACAGGAAGUAGGCUGGGCUGGACUGGGCUGGGCUUGUGGAUUCUGGUUUUCCCACAGUGGCUUUAGUCAUGGGCCUACUAUUUAUCCAGUCAUUUGCAAAUCAUAUCACCAGGAACUUAUCAUUAUCUAGUUGUAAAACUAUUAACAUUGGGGAAUAAUUUGUUUAAAAAUGACUUACAGUUGGUUUGCUGCUAUAACUGAGUAACAUAGAGGCAUCCUUGCACAUGUGGGCUGUCAUGUGUCUCCUGGAGUUGGCACAGAAGAGGUAACAGUGACGAACCAGUCUGGGUAAGCGACAGCUUUGUUUUGCCUGAGGUCUGGCAGUCACGAACAUGUCUCACUGCGGAGCUACUCUUUUGGUGAACAUUUCUAUGCUUUAGAGUAAUUUAUUUCCAUGUAGAAUUUUUGAAAAAACUUAUCAUAAGGGUACGAGAGUGUUCUAUACAUGUGACACCUAUAGCUCAUAUAAUAAAACAAUGUGUGAGAGCCAACAGACUAGGUCACAAGCUGAGGUGACUGUAGUUGACUAUUGUACAUCCAUCAUCCAUACACUCCAGACAACAGCAUAUUUAGUAAACAGGUUGAUUAUUUUCAGUGUGUUUAUAUGUAUAUACACUUUGUACAUAUGUGACAGAUGGGAGUGUAUUUAUACAUAAACAUGCACUCGAGUGCGUGCCUGCACGUGUUUGUGCACACACACACACACACACACACACACACACACCACAUACACACACGAACACACACUCAUGUAGGCACACCAUAAAUGUUGAAGGUUAUUUUAGGGUUGGUUCUUUUUCUGAUCUCUUGUAUACUUUAAAACCCAGAGAUAAAACAUUGUGUGUGUGACAAGCAUACUUACCCUUGAAUUUUUGUUAGUUUGUAGAAAGGAUUCCUGGAUCUUUUAGUAAGCCUUGACUCAUCUAUUCAGCUUUAUAGAAAUCAUUAAGAACGUAUCUGUAUUGUUGCUUAAUUUAACUUUUCUAUAUGAAUAACUGGCAUGUUACAUGGCAGCCUAAACAUGUUUUAAGUUGCAUUAGUUUUCUCAUUCUAUUUUAUUAUUCAGUGAGCAACUUGUGUAGUUUCAAGUUGGAUUUCCUUGUGUUUUUUAUUUAACAGAUGACUUGCAUAUAAUUUCCUUUUCCUGAAAAUAGUAGUUAGGGAAAUAAGAGCUUAAAUAUGCUUGGCAAUGGAAAAACAUGUAAAUCUAGCCUUGGGGGGAGGGAGGCGUGUUCUAUUUAAGAAUACACUAACGACCGGGUAAUAUUUUCAGUUUUCUCUCAAAUAUUUGCUAUUAGGUGAGAAACCAUUCAGGCUGAUUCUUCUGGAAUGUAAUCAAUUCUCUAAGUUUGCAGAAUGCUCAGUGGGUGUGGCACUCACCCAGGUCACUAGACUCUUUGCUGCUUCAUCGACUAGAAAUGCCCUGCCCCCUCACCCUGAAGAGUGAAUGCAGCUUCUCCACAUGCCUUAUCCCCACUGAUGCAUCGACAUGCUGGAGCAGUCUGGCUCCACAAAGUACUAAUACAGUUUUUUUGAGACUGCCUACAAAAUACUAUUUUGUUAAAACUAUGCCUUUAAAUAGACACUGAUGGGUUAUAUUUGUUUUAUAAAAAGUUGUGUACCUUUCAAUGUUCAAUCGUGAUUGAUUUUGAGAUUAUAUAUAAAUGUAUAUUUAUAAGCCUGUCUUAUGUGGAUUUUUACUCUAAGAAGUGUGGCACAUUACUAAUAAAGAUAUGGGUUUCUAUUUAUGUAAAGUCAUUGUAGCAACACUCCUAACUGCUACCUGAAUGAUUAUUCUGUUCAUUGGCCACCAUACAUACUUUUAUCUUUAGAAUAUUAAGUUAUACUCAGAAUAUAUUAACCAAGAUGAAACUUUAAAAACAUAAAAUCUCAACAUAAUUUGAAAUUCUUCCUGUUGAUGUAAUUAAAACUAGUUUAUAAUUCCUUA